CUUAACAUGGAUGAAGAAGCCUCGGCCAAGAGCUUGGACGAUCCUAGAGCUACGCGUUCUGAGCGGAUUACACCUGAAGCAAACGCUUUCGAAUCCCCAACGCAAUCAGAUAUUGAAACGGCCGUGGUUCCAGUCGAGGUUCCAGUAGUCGAUUUGCAGAACAAAGAAAGUCUUCUAUCAAAGCAUAAGUGCAAUGAGAAUGGAGUACCUCAGUUCAUGUUCGAUGCAAUAUCUAGCAUUGCAUUGCAGUUAGGAUUUACUCCAGGGCUGUUUCAGAUUAAAUUUGAUAAGGGUCACGAUAAACCUUUUGAUAUUACAUGGAUAAUAGCGGAACCGUGGAAAGCUACGAUCACCGAAGACGAUCAAACGCAUAUACUGUUUUGCAAAGUUCGACCAAUAAAUGAGGUAACACAGAAAAAUGUGCACACUCGGAAGAUCUUCGACCGUGAGGUAGAUGCAUAUGUCAAGUUCUUACCAACUAUUUAUGAAUUCCAACGUGUGAAAGGCAUCACGCAAGACGUUGGUUUUUUCAACGCACCUCGUUGUUAUUUAGCGUUUAAUGAUAAACUUGAGAAUGCAGCGAUGAUCAUAAUGGAGGAUUUGCACCUUAAUGGGUAUCGAACAUGGAACAAACAAAAUCCAUUCGAUUAUGACCACGCUCGUCUGCUGAUGGUACAACUCGGUAGGCUGCAUGCUGUAUCGUUAGCACUAAAAGAACAACGUCCAGAAGUUUUCGAACAGUUCAAAAUACUUGGCACGUCUGUUACCGAUCUUAAAGGAAAUCCAUCUUUGCUGGAAAUGAUGCGACACGAAUUAGAUCGAGCCUUAGCUACAUUGGAACCUCAUGAAAAUCGGUUAAGGCUAAAGUUGUUAAAUCUCUGCUCGACUUUGGAGGAUGAUUUAAUUACUAUCACCAGUCCCGAAUUCUCCGAACCGUAUUCCGUUUUUGGUCAUGGUGACUGCAGAGCAAAUGAUCCAAUGUUCUUCUAUGAGGUGAGUGAAAAAUGAGUUCAGUUCUACUCUCUAAAAUUUUAACUUUGCAGCAAAAAUCGCCCGUCAAAAUCGUGUUACGAGACUGGCAAAGGUACCGCUACGCAUCGCCGGCCCUCGAUUUGCUUUCAUUCCUUUUCUGCUGCACAGACGAGCCUUUCCGAAGAGUACACUACAAU